AUGAGCACACCAGUGAGGGAGGGCGAGACGAUCGAGGGGGAAGACAAGGACGUUGACGUGCAGCUGCUGCUGUUCGAGUCGUUCGGCGGGUUCGGGAGGGGGUACCUCGAUGAGGUGACUUGGACCACUAAGAAUUGGCUGGGGCUGCAGAAGCAGCGUAUCUCGGUCGUUCUUCACACGGCAAUCGCAGAGCAGGUUGUGAAUGAGCUUGCCUGUGGCGGGGGCGGGCGGGUGCACGGAGCUAAGUGCCUCGCCGCCCUCGCAGGAGUCGGCUUAGGCGGCUCCCGUGGUGUGCCUGUGUUAGUGCCAGUGCGCGCCAGUCCCGUGCCCAGUGUCGUGCGAGUGAUGUUGGUAAAAUUCUUUUUGUAG